GCGCGCCCGCAGCGCCCGCAGUCACCGCCGAGGCCGCUCCCCGCGGCGGUCCGGGCGGAGCCGAGCGCCGGGCCGCGGCUCGGUAGGGACGCGGCGAAAAUGGCUGAUGACUUUGGCUUCUUCGCGUCGCCGGAGAGCGGGGCCCCGGCGGCGCUGGAGGAAGACCCGGCGGCCGCCUUUCUGGCCCAGCAGGAGAGCGAGAUCGCGGGCAUCGAGAACGACGAGGGCUUCGCGGCGCCCGCCCGCGGCCAGUCGGGACCCGGGAGCGCGGCUGGCUCUGAGGACUCGGGGACGGCAGUCAAUGGAGACGUGUUCCAGGAGGCCAACGGUCCGGCGGAUGGCUACGCGGCGAUUGCCCAGGCCGACAGGCUGACUCAGGAGCCGGAGAGCAUCCGCAAGUGGAGAGAGGAGCAGAAGAAACGGCUGCAAGAGCUGGACGCAGCCUCUAAGGUGACGGAGCAAGAGUGGCGAGAGAAGGCCAAGAGGGACCUGGAGGAGUGGAACCAGCGCCAGAGCGAGCAGGUGGAGAGGAACAAGAUCAACAACCGGAUCGCUGACAAAGCAUUCUACCAGCAGCCAGAUGCUGACAUCAUCGGCUACGUGGCAUCGGAGGAGGCUUUCGUGAAGGAAUCCAAGGAGGAGACUCCAGGCACAGAGUGGGAAAAGGUGGCUCAGCUGUGUGACUUCAACCCCAAGAGCAGCAAGCAGUGCAAAGACGUGUCCCGCCUACGCUCGGUGCUCAUGUCCCUGAAGCAGACGCCGCUGUCCCGUUAGGGGUGCCUGUCGUCAUGAGCAUGGCCACAAAGCUUGGGCCGGGCCUGGGCAGAGGGGCAACUGCUUCGGUCGGGGUGGGAAUUGUCUCCAGCAGCUGCGGCGCACAGCCUAUUCCGUUCCUCUCCAUCUCCCGGGGCUGGAAAAGGGGGACCCUCACCCCUCCAGCCCCGCACUCCCACCUGGCCCUGUGGCCCAGCCCCUCACGCCUCCUCUCAGUCCACUCGAGUGUGACUGUCCCUCCUGAUGUAUUUUUUUCUUGGCUUAAAGGAUGUGUUGUUAACUCUUUUUACACUUA